UUUCAAAGCGUGAUGGCGAAAUGGCAGACUACGAAUAGUUUUUUCACUAAAAUUAAAACUUAUUUCUUCACCUCGUCUAAUCGCUUUCUUCCAUGGCAAUAAUUAAAGUCUCGUACAAAACAAAACAUUUGAAGUUAACAAGACACUGAAAGCGAACCCAACGCAUUAAACGUUUACACGUCUCCUCACACCUGAGCGUGGCUUUGACAAGCGACUGCUGCUUUCCUGACGUCCGCACACGUACCCCGCAUCCCGCCACAGCACCUCAGCAUCCACCCGCCCACCCACGCACAUCAUGCCGGCACAGAGGAAUCCACCACCACCACCUUCACCACCACCACCACCACCACCGCCACCGACACCACCACCUCACCACCACCAUCACCGGCACACACCGCCACGUUAUUCCGGAACUCCCAGACAGAGGAGCCAUCGCGCGCAUGUGAGAAUCGAGUUGAGUUUGGCGCCCCGCGCACGCGUUCAAUUUUUCGGUCACGCACGCGCGCAUGCACGAUAGCGUGCAGGAAAAUAUGCACGUGCUGCUGCCCUCGCCUUCUGCGACCUGUGACCUUUGCACCCUGCCGCCUGACCUCCGCACAGUAUGUGAAUACGCACGGGACAAAGGUGGCAGGUGCCGUCGCCGGGCCAACGGAUCCGGCUACAGAUCCUGAUGCGGUCGCAGAGCGUCGACCACGAGAAAAGGGGGGGACCCACCCACCAACGAAAACCGCUUCUGGACCCUCGGCGCUAGAUGCCAGGACACUGUCGCAUCCACUUGGGAGGGGGUGAAACUACACCGGACUUCCUGACAACAGGCGUUAGUUUGUAGUUUGGCGGCUGCACGCGCAUGCAAACUUUUGGUUGCUUCGCUCCAGACACCAAAGCAAGUUUUAGACACUGGCUCCAUUGCAACAGCAGCAGCAGAAGCAACAGCCGCAGCAGCAGCAGCAGCAGCAGCAAGCAACAGCCAGCAACAACAACGACAACAAAACAACACUAGCUUUCUAUAGCAUGUGAUACCUUCUGGCAGCUGCGAGGGUACAGGGGAAAAAACAAUCUUUGCUUCCAGUCUCACCGCGAUGUGGCUUGGCAGACCGAGUGGCUACAUCGCUUCGCUCGCUUCGUUCACAUGGAGAAAUCUGCCAGGGAUGUCGUUCAGGAACCCGGCUGUAUGAAGAUAAGAACACUUUUUCAAAAAAAUGCGCCUAUGAACUUUGGCUUCGAGAUCCAGCCAGAUCGAGGCAUAAAACACCUUGGCACGCGGCUCGCGACGGAGAUGCGCCGGGACCGCCUGCUCCUGCAUCUGGUGCUGCUGCUCCUCGCCCUCCUGCUCCACCUCGCUCAGGGAGAGAAGAAGGAUGUUCACCUGUCGUGGGAGGACAAGCUGAUCAAACACCUACUAGGCCGGUACCGCAUCCGCGGCAAGUAUGGGCGACCUGUCCUGCACUACAACGAGUCCAUCCUCAUCCGGUUCAACAUGCAGCUCAUUCAGAUCAUGGACCUGGACGAAAAGAACCAGAUCCUGACCCUGAACGUCUGGGACAGAUACAAGUGGACUGACAUUCACAUGCAGUGGGACCCUAAAGACUGGGGCGAUGUUGAUACCAUCAGACUGCCAUCUAAAAAACUCUGGGUCCCAGAUUUAAAGUUGUACAACUAUGCUGACAGCCGACUGCAAGAACAUCGGGACGCCCUGUUGGUCAUCAUGUACAACGGGGAGAUCCUGUGGAUGCCUCAAGCCAUCUACAGAAGCUCUUGCGUGCUGGACGUGUCCACCUUCCCCUUCGACAAGCAGCAGUGCGAGCUCAAGUUCGGGUCGUGGACCUACGAUGGCAACAAGCUGGACCUUGCUGUUCUGGCCGACAACGAGGUCGCCGGGGACCAGAUCGACCUCUCCGAGUAUGUCAAGAGCAACUCGUGGCAGAUCAUGGCGGCGCCCGCUCGUAGAAAUAUUCAGUACUACACCUGCUGCCCGGAGCCGUACGUUGACCUCAAGUUCACGCUCAUCUUCCAGCGCCGAUCCACCUUGUACAACUACAUCCUCAUCCUGCCUUGCAUCCUGCUCACCUCCAUCACCCUCGUUCUCUUUUGGAUUCCGCCUGAGUCCCCGGCCAAGCUGAUGCUGGGUAUCAGCAUCUUCGUUGCAUUUUUCCUCCUCCUGCUCCUCAUGGAGGCAAACCUGCCCCCUGCCGCGGCUAACGUCCCCCUUCUUGGUACAUACUACUGCCUCAACAUGAUCCUCAUCACCUUGUCCUCAUUCCUCAAUGCGUUCGUGGUGUACAUGUCUUUCUACGGUGCUCGUCGCCCAGUGCCCAGGAUAAUGAAAAAGAUUUUGUUCGAGUUUUUCGGGCGCAUCUUGUGUAUGGACAACCUCGUUCGCCCGCACAUCGAGCAGCAAAACCACCCUCCCGGUGGAGGACUUGCUGGGGGUCGCCCUCCGACCACGGACCACACCCGCAUGCUGGGGGUCAAUGGGGAGAGCGGGAGCAAGUGGGCCACCACGGACUCUCGCUCCUCCAACGAGAUUCUCGUGCACGUCAACCGUGGGACAGACGACCAGACGAGCCAGCUAGCGCUCAUCAACUACCACCUGUCGGAGCUGAUGGACUUCAUCAAGCGCUACCGAGAGCGCAUCGCGGAGAAGGACCGCAAGGAAAAAACGGCCAAAGAGUGGAAGGCUGCCGGCCUCAUCUUCGACCGCAUCUUCUUCCUCAUCUACUUGACGGCCAUUGUGACGUCACUGUGCGUGGUCAUGCCCAUCAUCACCACUGGCCGCGAAUAGUAGAGCCAGUUAGGGACGGUUUGUGAUGCACUCGGAAGGAUGCUUUCUCCAAAUAAAAAAAAAAACUACCAAACUAACGUUCAAACCCUUUGAAAUCUCAGAGUUAACCCAUCUUUGGUGCUGGCAAGGUAUAUAAACAUCGAGGCCUCUGACUAAUGUUUGUCACGUGGUUGGGGGGGAUUUCAUCUGCUUGGCUCAUUUUUUGAACAAUUCUGAGUCUCGCAACAUUAUCAGAAAUCGCCGAUGACCAUGCUUGAAUGAUAUUGUGCUUCUUUCUCUCUGUGACUCACGGGUUCAAAUUCCCGGCAAGCGAUUGAGAUCGAAAAAGGUUCGUUUGGCUUUAAUGAUCCUCCCACCAUCCUCCAUUGAAUCCCUUAGGAAAAAAUAACCUUCAAGAAAUGAUGGUUAUUUUUACUUCACAACGAUUUCAGCUGCUUGCAAGUUUGUGAGUGUACAUCGAUGAGGGAGGGGAGGAUGGUAGCAAGGACGAUGCUAAAAAAACACAGAAUGAUGUUAUCGGCGAAGGUUGAUAAAUUCUUAGCAGACACCUCGCAGACGGAGAAACCUGACCAGUCGUGGGUCCACAACAGCAACCACCGAGGCUGACCAAGUUCAAAACGAGGCGCGACGCCUUCUUCCAUUUCCGCUGUCGACAGUAAUGUUUGUGCUGGUCAAGACAAUGCGUCCGGAGGGCAAGUCGCAGACGAUGUUUUUCCCUUCUCGGCAAUUCCUGGCUCUGCCAUAUAUCUCGCCGCCUGGCGGGCAGAUGUCAGCCAAGCUUUUCUUCCCUGAGAAAGGACCGGCGUGAUAACGCUGUCUACAGAAGCUGUCCAGCCAGCGAGCCAGCCAACAAGACAUCGUCGAAGGCGUGAAGAAGAACCAAGCUGCCUCGUUUCUUCCUCUCACAUCCAUCUUGUUCCGAAGAAUGAAAGCCUUAGGGAAACUGCCUGUCCUUGGCAUCGGGACAGAGUCUCGAACCGUCUGCACAUCCCCUCCACACAUAAAAAUGUCCGUACAGAGUUCGCAGAGUGUGCAAACAUCUCCAGGAGAUAACACACCAAUGUUUGUGCAACCCACCUCAAGAGUGUAAAAUCGAGGGUGGAGGUCGGACGCCACAGCUUGAAAUGUUCUCUCAAUCUCUCGCGAACAUCUGCCAGGAAAACAAGAAGACCAAACAAGAUUCUCCCGAGAAAAAAAAAAUCGGUUAGAAAGAAGGUAACAAAGGUGUAGCGUCAGCAGUGUGGUAAGUUAUCAGGUACAUUCACAGACUCCUCUCCUGAUUCCGGCGAGGUGAUUUUUCUUUUUUUUUUUUUUUCUUUCUUUCUUUUUUUUCAGCCGAUGCAUGGAAAAUCGAUGGCAAAAUGACAGGAGGAACGUCCAGUUUUGCAUAUGUCACAUUCUUUGAGCCAGUUAUUCAGAGGCACAGGAACGUGUAAUCAUCCAGCAGCCCCAUGCGCAGAAAUCUUGAAUUCCUGACACCAAUUUACAUAACUAAAACAUUUUUUGUGGUCAGUCAAAGGCACUGAAGCUUUUGAAAAUGUUAACUCCUUCUUGUGUACGGCAAACAAAACAGCAUCAAGCCCGGCAUAACUGCCACGGGACAUUCGAGAACAAUAAGGAUGCGUUGAAACCGAAAAUCUAAACACGACUCCCUUUUUUUCCUAAAAACCAACAAGAGCAGGGUUAUUACAGAGACCUUGCCCUUGCAGAAAGCUACCUCCCUGAACCGGAGCAACAUCAUUUAGAAUAGCACUUUGUCUUGAAAUGAACACACUACAACCAGAAUAGGAAGACUGAGCAAAAAAAAAGGAGGGAAAAAAAACCCACUGCUAAAACAAGAGGAAAAUGCAAAAUGAGAAAAUCCUCGCAUUUUAUGCAAGACAUUAUUAUUAUUAUUAUUAUUAUUAUUAUUAUUAUUAUUAUUAUUAUUAUUAUUAUUAUUAUUAUUAUUAAUAUUAUUAUUAUUCUUCGUCAAGAAAAGAAAAAACACGAGCUGAGAUGAGAUAAUUCCCGUCUUUGGAGGAAGCUUCCCCUGUUCUGUGGCACUCCAGCAGACAGGAGUGAGGGUUGUUCUACAAGGUUCACUUCAGGGAGAUGAGGGUGGCUGCCUGGCCGGCCCUUUGUCACGUUCCUGGGGGAAAUGUGUUGGAAUUUGUCAGUGUUGCAGCCCGGAACACUGACCAGUGCUGGCGGAAUGAUAUGUUAGCAACGCCGUCUGGGUUUCCCUUGGAAAAUCAACCGUUAUAUAUCGUCGUGACCUUUGCAUCAGUUCACUGCACACCUUUGCUGCCACUCCAACUUGUUUGUUUGUUUGUGACUCAGCGUUGUUCCUUCAACAUUAUUGUCUUUUUUUUUAAACUUGUCGGAAAACACUUUAAAAUUAUUUUUGUUAUUCACUAAAGGAAGGGUUCUCUAGACUCGCAGGAUACACGCGUGGUCACGUGAUUGUGUCUUGGUACUAGUGUUGUAUUCUCACUGCGUGUCUCAUCCUGUCCACAUUGUACAUUUGUUUAUAUACUUUUCGGUCUGUUUAAUAUUACUCCUAUAUCUUUUAGUUCAUAUCACGGCCCGUGCAAUACAGUUAAACCUGAUCACUCGGCAGUAUACAUCCC